AUGGCUCUGCACAAAGUUCACGUGACAAGCCUUGCUCAUGUCCAUUACCAACACCCUGAUUUGGGAAAUGCUUUAACAUUCUUUGAAGAUUUUGGUUUGGUUGAUAUCGCCGAGUCUCGAACAUCGACCCAGGCAUUUCUGCGAGGCGUUGGUGCUCAACCUUAUAUCUAUAUCGCUGAGCAGUCACCAGAUCAGAACCGACACUUCAUUGGAGCUUACUGGAACGCUUCGAGUUUUGAGGAGAUGCAGAAAGCAGCAUCACUUCCAGGUGCUUCAGCGAUAGAAGAUAAUAAGGGUCCCGGAGGUGGCAAAGUGGUGAGAGUAAAUGACCCACACGGCUUCGUUGUUGGUUUCCUACAUGGCCAAACCCUGCGAACUCUUGAAAUCAAAGCGCUUCAGCUUGAAACGUCGCCAAGCGAUCCUCAUUUCAAUACUGUUAUUGAAAAGUCCCGAAAAGGUCCCACCCGCAGAUUCAAACAGGGUCCGAGUCCAGUUCACAAACUUGGGCACUACGGAAUCAGGGUCCCCAAGGCGAUGUACAAAGAGACCAUGAACUGGUAUAUGUCUGUUCUUAAUUUGAAGCCAACGGAUUCUAUUUUCGAUCCAAAGACAGGCGAGGAAAUCACAUGUUUCACUCACAUUGAUCUUGGCCCUGAAUAUACGGAUCAUCAUGCAUAUCCUCAUCAUUGCAGCUUUGAGGUCAAUGAUAUCGACACGCAGACGCUGGGUCAUGAUUGGCUGAGGAAAAAGGGGUGGACAAACUGCUGGGGCGUCGGACGACAUGUCCUUGGUAGCCAGAUUUUCGAUUACUGGUAG